AUGGCCGACCAACCCUUCUUCCCACCCCGCCCUCAGACACCCCAGGCCAUGCUCCACCGCCUGCCAGACAAGCCUACGGAUUCGUCGGAAUUCAGCACCACCCCAUCCAAGUACAUCAUCCUUAUCAUGGGCUCCACAGGCGUAGCUGGAAAAGUGCAAAUCGCCACCUCAGUCUCCAAGGCGCUAUCAUGUCCCCUCUAUCAAGGCGACAGCCUGCACGAGUCAUCGGCUAAGGCAGCCAGCGUUGGCACGUCGAAACGCCCUGGGGCGGCGACGCGCUACCAACGGAUGUGGCUGUCCAAGAUGACCCGAACUGGCCUUCUGUUCCCCGAUGAAUCACGCCCCGCCAACGAGGGCUUCUCCGGAUUCGGAGGUGCAUCGACCUCUACCAGCCGCCGUGGCUCAGCCAGCUCUAUCGCAUCCACUGCCUCAGAUGCAGCAGGUUCCACGACAUCCAGCAUGUCCCACAGCGUUGGUUGGGCGAACGCAACCUAUGUCAACAAGCCGCCUACUACCGUCUUCGCAGCUGUCUCCGAGAAUGAUAGACUGCAGCAGAGUAACCCGGCCAUCUUGGUUUUGACACACACUGAAUUGGAGAAGUGGCACAAGCUUGCCAUCAGGAAGACGGUGGGGGAGUACAGAAUUGGGGUUAUCUUUGUACCGUUACCAGAGUACUAUGACGAGCUUCGGCUCGUUUGGGUCACGCGGUCCCGGUUGGGCGCAAAAGAAAAGAGGCAUCCUGGAGGAGGGAAUAGGUUUGAGGAUUAAUGUGGAAAGGCGAGUGGGCGAGGUUAUUGAGGAGAUCGUGGAGAGGGUUAAAGACAUUAUCUACAUUGACUAAUAUAACUCUCUGACUUCGAAACUCUUUGACG